GAAGACGAGCUAACACGUGUGUACUCAAAAACCUGUACAGGAUUGUUUAAUCGUUUCGUAUUUAAGUUUUCGGUCCAUAAAUCGAAAUAAAUCUAGCAAAAAUGCCGAAGAUUAAGGCGGAGAAGAAAAGCAGACAGCACCAAGAAGUCAAAAACCAAGGUAUAAUGUUUAACACCAGCAUCGGCCAACACAUCCUGAAGAAUCCUUUGGUUGUUAAUGGAAUCAUAGAGAAAGCUGCUCUGAGACCCACAGAUGUGGUUCUGGAGGUGGGACCUGGUACUGGUAACAUGACUGUAAAACUACUGGAGAAAGCCAAGAAGGUGGUGGCCUGUGAGUUGGACUGCAGAUUAGUGGCUGAACUUCAGAAGAGAGUACAAUGCACACCCAUGCAGACUAAACUUCAGAUUUUAGUUGGAGACGUAUUAAAAACAGAUCUGCCUUUCUUUGACGUCUGUGUGGCGAAUUUACCAUAUCAGAUUUCAUCACCAUUUGUCUUCAAACUACUCCUGCACCGACCUUUCUUUAGGUGUGCAGUGUUGAUGUUCCAGAGAGAGUUUGCUAUGCGACUGGUGGCGAAACCCGGAGACAAGCUUUACUGCAGACUGUCCAUCAACACGCAGCUGCUGGCUCGUGUAGAUCAUCUGAUGAAGGUGGGGAAGAAUAAUUUUCGGCCUCCUCCCAAAGUGGAGUCAAGUGUUGUCAGGAUAGAACCGAAAAACCCUCCUCCUCCAGUGAACUUCCAGGAAUGGGACGGCCUGGUCAGAAUAGCAUUUGUUAGGAAAAACAAAACCCUCAAUGCUGCGUUCAAAUCGGCUGCAGUUGAGCAGCUGCUGGAAAAGAACUACAGAAUCCACUGCUCUGUUAACAACGUGGACGUACCAGCAGGCUUCAGCAUCAGCAAGAAGAUUGAAAGUGUUCUGCAGGAGGCCGAGUUCAGUGAGAAGAGGGCCAGGUCCAUGGACAUAGACGACUUCAUGGUAUUGCUUCAUGCAUUCAACUCUGCUGGGAUCCACUUUUCUUAAAGAGAGACAUCCAUUGUCUCAUAGGAGAGAAGUGUAAGAUGAAAAGUAGCAGAUCACCUGAAAUUAACCCAGAGGAACUGAACAUCUGAUAUUAAAAUGACCUUCAUGAAAUAUACAAAGAAACCUGUAAGCCACAUUUAAAGAGCUCAUAUUGAGAUUCUUAAGUGUGCUAUUUUUCUUUUUUUUUUUUAAAUCACUCAAGAUGUUGAGUUUAUCACUGAAAAUAUGUAAGGGAUUAUUUUUAUAAUAAUCUAAAAGCCGGUUUUAGUUGUAGUUUUAAUAACACAUUUAAUGAUGUACUCCACAGAAAUUAAAUAUUUAAUGUGGAACUUUUGGAAUGUGCUGUCUUGUUUAAGAAAAUCAAAACACCCUUUUCUGUCCA